GCCUUAUCCAGCGUACUGGUUCUGCCGGUUCGGUUGCCGGUGGUGCCGUUGGCCCAUGACUCGGAAGCCUCUCUCCAGCCUUUGCUUCGUGAGCCAUCUCGCCUCGCCCACGACGGUCUGACAAGAGGUUGCCGUGACACAUCACCACAAGCUUAGAGCUUCUGUACACUACUUGAGUCUACAGGGACCUACCUAGGUAGGUAGGUACGAGCCGAAAGCUUGCGGGACGGGGUUGCUCCUGAGUCGUGAGAACUCAAUAGACAGCCAGAGAGUUGAAGCGCCAUGGCAGGUGCUGGACACGUGAACAUGAUGGACGACGUCCUCAUCUCGCAUUUACCCCCUGUCCUGCUCAGGUCGGCCUUGAGGCUUCUCGUCUCACGCGGCGUCGCGACCCAGCGCCCCUUCGUCGAGCACAUACGCGCGCAAUUGUUGGAGUCACCACCGGCCUUCACCGACGCGUCCACCCUCUUCCCCCCCGGGGACGAUGGACGUCUCUCGAAGGACUGCUUGCGCUACGUCGCCUCGACGCGGUGCAUCUUCUCGAGCAAGCUGGCCGAGGCCGCACUUCCAUACCUUACCCAUUUCGUUAGCAGCCUGCAAGAAGCAGGAGCACGGUGGGCACCCGGGGAUGAGCUGGAUAGACUUCUUGACCAUGUCUCUGGUGACAUUGUGCAGGCCAUCCAGGCACUCAAAGAGUGCGAGCCAGAGCCCACGUCAGCUCUGUUUGAUGCUUUGCAGGGUCUCUUGGACAAGCUCGAGGCCGUGUCCAGCUACUGCUCCAGCGUUGGCCCCCAGUCCCUAAGAUUCCCUUUCACUAGGGCAGAAAGGCAGCUCCGGGAUGCCAUUGGCUUUCUGUACCCGGGAGCAGCGGCUUCACUCUCGUAUCCAGAAGCAGCCAAGACCAUCAGCAUAAGCGUCACGAAGCGGCGUGCCGAUAUAGAGACGGUCCAGCUGGGCCCAUACCGCAUGCCGCGUGUGUUUAACGGGUUCUGGCAGCUCUCUUCUCCCGCAUGGGGCAGCGCAAGUUCACAGGGCCAGGAAGCGGCCCUUGCUGAGCUCAUAGAGCUCGGCCUGAGCACUGCUGAUAUGGCAGAUCAUUACGGCGACGCCGAGCUGGUCUAUGGGGGUUUCCGGAAUAGGCUACCGGCUGAGGUGCGGGAUGCGGUCCACGCGGCCACGAAAUGGUGCGUCUUUGGCCCUGUGAGCCAGCCGGUGAGCACACAGUACGUGCUUCAGGCUGUUCAAGAGAGGUCACGUCGGCUCGGUGGCCGCGUCGAGCUCCUGCAGUUCCAUUGGCAUGAUUACACCUCGCAUGAGUACCUGGAUAUACUCGUUGAGCUUGUGAAGAUCACACAUAGCCAUCCUGAUCUCGUCUCCGCCAUCGGGCUCUGCAACUUCGAUGCCCAGCACACGGCAUACGUCUGUGAGCAUAUCAUGGAAAAGACAGGAACAGUAGGGAUUGUCUCCAACCAAGUCCAGUUCUCGCUAAUUGACUCGCGCCCUCUGCGACGCAUGUCUGCUGUGUGCGAGAAGUACGGCAUUAAAUUACUCACUUAUGGCUGUUUUUGCGGCGGCUUCAUAUCGUCCCAAUGGCUUGGCCAGCCGACGCCGGAGCUCUACUCCGAGACGAGGCCACUUACACCUUCACAAAGAAAGUAUCUUGGAAUGGUGCAGAUUUGGGGCAGCUGGCAUGAAUUCCAGGCGCUCUUGCAGACGCUCUCCUCGGUGGCGAGGAAACACGGCAAGGGGAUCUCACUAACCAACAUCGCAGCACGCUGGGUACUUCAGCAGCCCGCCGUGGGUGCUGUAAUCAUAGGAACUAAGCUAGGAGUGUCGAACCACGCAGUUGAAAAUCUCAAUGUCUUCAAAUUCAGACUGGAUAAAGAGGAUAUGGCUAUCAUCGACAUGGCCAGCUUGGGCAAGAGUGGGCAAAAGACAAAGGCAGUUUUCCAAAGUCUAGGAGAUUGUGGCAAUGAAUAUCGGGCUAUGCACUAGGUCCUGCCCAGGUUGUUAGACUUCAGUACUAUAUACCAAGGAUAUCUAGCUUAUUCUUGCUAGACUACCUUCGUAAUCAAACUUGGUCAUGACUCAGAA